UUAAGUUGUAGGCACUAGUGCACAGUCUCGGAGUCUCCGGACUGUGUCUUCAAAUUCUGUGUUUCUUUCAAGACACUUUUUUCUUUUGAGGUGAGGCAUGAAAAAGAAGAAAAAUGGUGGGUAGGUAGGUAUGCCAUUUGAAAAAUUGGGGAAUUCCCAUCCCAUUCUUGCUGUAUUUCUGUGCUCAUAGACAUAAGACACAGUCAUAGUAGUAACUGAAAUGAGGUGAUAAUGAAGGAGACUCGUGGUUGGAAGAAGAAGGUUGUCGAAGCUCGGGGGGAUUCAGCUGCCCACGCGGUCGGUCAUGGAGUUUCAACUUCUCUGAAGAGACGGAGAGAAAGAAUAAAGAAGAGACGGGAGCGCUUCGAAUUGAAUGAAAGUUUGGAAGAGAAGAUAUAUGAUGGUCCGGAGUUGAAGGGUAGUUCAAGAUGGAAGAAUGCGCAGCUGGUGGCAUCUGUUAGUGAGAGUGUGGAAAUUAAGGUCGGCGAUGGAGCUUCAGCUUCUGGGAAUAAGCGAGGAAGUAAGCGCGCGAGAGUGAAGCUCUUGAAUCAAAGUUUGGAAAAGAAGAAAUGUCAGGGAAAUGAUAGUUCCGUGGAGGCGGUUGAUCUAAGAAAGAGGAAGAAAACGAAGCUGGCGGAAGUCCUUGGGUCGAGUGUGAAAUGUCACGAAUCCUUAAUGUGCCAUCAGUGUCAAAGGAACGACAAAGGCAGGGUUGUUAGUUGUAAGCAGUGUAAGAGAAAACGGUUUUGUAUACCUUGCCUAAAGAACUGGUAUCCUACUAUACCUGAAGAGGACAUUGCUGAGUCAUGUCCUGUAUGCCGCAGAAACUGUAACUGCACAACUUGCUUGCGCAAUUUACCGGUUUGGCCGAGGUACUCUUUUUAUCCUAGUUAUGAUGAUGAAUUUAUGUAUUCUGGGUAUUUACUUGAACAGCUUCUUCCGUUUAUGAAAAGACUAAAUGCUGAACAAGUGAUUGAAAGAGAGCUGGAAGCUAAAAGACAUGGAAUAGCCGAAUCAGUACUGAAGAUACAGGAGGCAGAUUGCUCUGUAAAAGAUCAUGUGUGUUGCAACAACUGCAGAACUUCAAUUGUUGAUUUUCAUAGAAGCUGUCCUAAAUGCUCGUAUAACCUUUGCCUCAUUUGUUGCCGGGAGAUUCGAGAUGGACACCUGCAGGGAGGUGGGGAGGAUCUUGUUCGGUUUAUUAACAGAGGCUUGGAGUACUUGCAUGGUGGUACUGGUUUGCGGCCUUCAGACAGUGUAAAGCCAACAUCUGAGUGGAAAGCAAAUGGUGAUGGAGGAAUUCCAUGCCCGCCUAAGGACAUGCAAGGCUGCAGUGAUAGUCUCCUGGAGCUGAGGUGCAUUUUUCCGGAAAAUUUUUUCGCUGAGUUGGUGGAGGAUGGAGAAGAAAUAGCAGAAACUGACAGUCUAAUUGACAUUCCUGAAACUCUUGGGCAACAGUGUUUGUGCUUCAGUGCUAGGCCUAGAAAUGCGAGUGAUGUGAACAACGGCACAGUAAGGAAGGCUGCUUCUCGAGAGGAUUCUGAUGACAAUUAUUUGUAUUGUCCAACAGCCGUAAAAAACCAACAAGAGGAUUUAAAACAUUUCAGGUACCAUUGGAGUAGAGGUGAACCUGUAAUUGUUAGUAAUGUGCUUGAAACUACUCCAGGUUUAAGCUGGGAACCAUUGGUCAUGUGGCGAGCAUGUCGUCAGAUGAAUCGUAACCAGCCUGGUAAACAUUUGCGAGGCAAGGCAUGUCGUCAGAUGAAGUGUAGCCAGCCUGGUAGAGAUUUGCAAGUCAAGGCAAUUGAUUGCUUGGAUUGGAAUGAGGCAGACAUUAAUAUGCACCAAUUCUUUACUGGGUAUUUAGAAGGCCGGUUUGAUUAUAAAAAGUGGCCUCAAAUACUGAAGCUGAAAGAUUGGCCUCCAAAUAGCUUAUUUGAAGAGCGUCUACCCCGUCAUAACGAGGAGUUUAUAUGUUGCUUGCCAUUUAAGGCAUACACGCAUCCUCAUUAUGGUUGUCUAAACCUGGCAGUGAAACUGCCCAAGAAGGGUAUAAAGCCUGACAUGGGGCCGAAGACUUCCAUUGCUUACGGUGUUCAGCAAGAGCUUGGACGAGGAGAUUCUGUAACCAAACUUCAUUGUGACAUGUCUGAUGUGGUGAAUGUUCUGAUGCACACUGCCGAUGUGAGCUUAACACCCGAACAGCUUACUAUUAUAGAACACCUGAAAAGGAAGCACAAUGAACAAGACCGAAGAGAACUUUUUGGAAAUGGUCAAAUUCCGGAUAACAAAGUUAAUGAUAGAAAAACUGAAGAUAAAAGUGAUGAUAGUAUUGAGCACUUACUAAAUUGUGGAAAUAAGUUGGAAAACUUGGAAAUGGCUGAGGGUGGUGCGCUUUGGGACAUUUUCAGGAGAGAGGAUGUACCCAAGCUGCAGGAAUAUCUAAAAAAGCACUUCAGAGAAUUCAGGCACACUCAUUGUUCUCCAUUAGAAAAGGUUAUUCACCCCAUACAUGACCAGACUAUGUAUCUGACUAUGGAGCACAAAAGGAAACUCAAGGAGGAAUAUGGAAUUGAACCAUGGUCAUUUGUUCAAAGACUUGGAGAUGCUGUCUUUAUACCUGCUGGCUGCCCCCAUCAAGUGAGAAAUUUGAAGUCCUGCAUAAAUGUUGCACUCAAAUUUGUCUCGCCAGAAAAUGUCGGUGAGUGCAUUCGACUAGCAGAAGAAUUCCGAGUCCUUCCCUCAAAUCAUAUUGCCAAGGAAGACAAAUUGCAGGUGAAGAAAAUGAUCCUUCAUGCAAUGAAUUCAGCUUUGGAAACUUUGGUACCAGAACUAAGCUUACUUCCAAAUCCUCUUCAUGGGACGUCCUCAACUACCUUUUCAUCGGCCUCUUUAGUAGUGCCUGAUCACUCGGUGAACCUCUUGGACGAGAAUAACAAAUCUAAGCCCGUGAUCUCUUCUUCUGUCCGAGCCUCUAGAGAAAAGAGAAGCACUGUCGUCGUUGAUUCUACUCCUGCAAAGAGCAAAACUGCCGGAUCGAUUAAUCUUGGUGUUGUGGUUCAAGAAGUUGCUUUAACUUCUCAUGCCCCUUCGACAACACCUGCCCCUUCGACCUCCCCAACUGCUUCACCAAUCCCUAUUACUCUACCAGUUCCUGCUACUCUAGAGCCUCCAAAAUUUUCUCAUGAGACGCCCUCAACUACCUCUGCGCCAGCACUUUCUGUACCCGAUCACUCGGCCAACCUCUUGGAUGAGAAUGAAAGGUAUAAGCUAAUGAUCUCUUCUUCUGUCCAAGCCUCUAGAGAAAAGAGAAGCACUGUAGUCUCUGAUUCUACUCCCACAAAGAGCCAAACCACCAAGAGUAAUCUCGGUGUUGUGAUUCGAGAAGUUGAUUUAACUUCUCCUGCCCCUUCGACAACACCUGCACCUUCAACCUCCCCAACUGCUUUGCCAAUCCCUAUUACUCUACCAGUUCCUGCUACUACAGAGCCUCCAAAUCUUGCUCACGAGGUGCCCUCAACUACCUCUGCACCGAUCAUUUCUGUGCUCAAUCACUCGGCCAACCUUUUGGAUGAGAAGGAAAAAUAUGAGCUCAUGAUCUCUUCUUCUGUCCGAGCCUCUAGAGAAAAGAGAAGCACUGUAGUCUCUGAUUCUACUAUCGCAAAGAGCCAAACCACCGGGUUGACUAAUCUUGGUGUUGUGACUUCUCCUGCCCCCUUGACAGCACCUGCACCUUCAACCUCCCCAACUGCUUCGCCGAUCCCUAUUACUCUACCAGUUCCUGCUACUCCGGAGCCUCCAGAUCUUGCUCACGAGGUGCCCUUAACCUCAACACCGGCCCUUUCUGUGCCCAACCACUCUGCCAACCUCUUGGACGAGAAGAAAAAAUGUAAACUCAUGUUCCCUUCUGUGCAAGCCUCUAGAGAAAAGAGAAGCACUCUAGUCUCUGAUUCUACUCCUGCAAAGAGCCAGACCAGGUCAUUAACUUCUGUCCCGUCAACAACACCUGCACCUUUGACCUCCCCAGGUGCUUCACCAAUCCCUAUUGCUCUACCAGUCACUAGGACAAGCACAACUCUGAGUGAUCACCAUGCUGACUCCUUAGCUUUUCCUUCCAUCAAUAGUGGGAGUGCUUCUGUGAACUCAACUACUGUUGGUGGUAGCAGGAAUCUUUCAAAAUACCAGCUGGAGAUGACCCAACAAUAUGGGAAGGCCUUCAUGCAAGCGUCUCAAGGGAUUUCAAAAGAGGAGUGGAAGAUCGCUACGAGCGUGGAGGGUUUUGAUCUUACCUCUUAUACAGCUAGACAUGCUUUGCUGGCGGCAGUUGGGAUCACACGCUCAAUGACCCUUGCCAGUGAUGCAGCCGAAGGGGAAAAGAAUCAUCUCAAGAACGAGCUGUUGAAGAUGAAGCCUUUGGCAAAUAAGGCCAAAGAGUCUUUUAAUCAGAUUUCUUUAGAGAAAGAGGAGUUAACUGUCCAACGCUUAAGCCAACAAGCUGAAAUUGAAUCCUUGAAGGGUCAGAAUGCUGAUCUUCAAAAGAUGCAGGUUCGAGUUGCUAAAGUUGAAGCUCGUUUAGCUGAAGUCAAAACAUUGAGACAUCAGAUUGCUGAGCUUGAAGUUUUGCGAGCUCGAUCUGCUGAAGUUGAGGCCCGUGCUGCUGAGGCCGAGGCCCUGAAAGCUCGAGCAGAAGAAAGUGAGGCUCAGGUCGCUUUGUUGACAAAGAAGGUUUGCAGCCUGGAGAGGAACUGCACCAUUCUCACAAAGAAGACAAACGACCUGGAGCGUGAUCUUGAGCAAAAAGCCAAAAUCGAGGAGGAAGGGCGUUGUGAAAUCGAGAAGGGACUUAGAGAGCUGGAGUCUUCGCGUGAUUGCAUUUUAGCUUUGGCUACUCGCAAUGGAGAGCUCGAAGCUGCACUUGUUGCAGCCAAGAAUAACUCUGCUCCCGCUCUUGAUGAAGUUGCUAUUGAGGAGCGUACUGUCGAGAGCUUGCUCUACACCAUAUGGCUCCGACACCCGAAUUUUGAUUUCUCCUUCCUUGGAGAGGCUGCUGUUCAGACUGUAGCGGGUUGGAAGGUUGAGAACUGUAGACCCAGAGAUGCUGACUCUUAGCCCCAAGCUUUUUUGCUUUAUUGUUAUUAUUAUUUUGUAAGGGCUUGUAUUUCUACAAAUAUUAUUUUAGUAAAGACAUAUCUUUGGUGCUCAAUGCUCAUAAAAAAGAGUACCCUUUUUGUUAUAACUUAUAUAUAUGUUAUAUAUUAUUGGAUAUGGUGCUUGUGCUUGAUGAGGCUUCUUUUUAUUCAAA